GCGUAAUCGCUCAUGGGUGAGCUUUGUUGACCACCUGUCAAUCGGCUGAGUUUGGGCUUGCAAGGUGCUGUCAUCAGGUGGCGCAGGGCACUCCCCUCCGUCGAGCUGCACACUUCCACCCCCAGCUACCCCCAGAAAGCCAUCCACAAACACCGAGCUCUCAUAACCGACGAAGCAGCUCCCAUGGAUAGAGACAGAGACACCCAUCGGAGAGGCUCUUUUGAAGGUGAUAAGCUAAGUAUGCAACUCCGUGAGGACGAUUUGCGCAAGAAGAGGAAGUAUCCGGACAGUCCUGGAAGGAAUGGGGAUGACUUCCCACGAAAGUCCAAUAGCUUUCGAGGUCAAUCUGGCGACCAGCAGCAUACACAGACGUCUCGUAGUCGUAGCCAAGAUGAACAAGCUUUCCCACCUCGUGAUUCCCGUGAUGAGCGACGCUCAAAUGGAGAUAGACCACGGGACUAUCACAACCGGGACCAUCAUGAAGGUUCCGGAAACGGGAAUGAAUAUAGGGGCGAAAGGGUACAUUCUCGAGAACGAACGUCAUCAGGGGAUGUUAGAGACCGCGAAUGGAACACUCUGAAAGGGGAGAUCCUUGCGGCCAAGAAUCAAUGCUUGAGCGCAAGAUUGGAGUGUGAAAAGACUAAGGCCAAAAUGAUGGAGAAGGAAGCGAAGCUAGCGGAGCAAUCAGAUCUGUUAUAUAAGAUUCAGAAGCAACAUGAAACAGAUCGCUCUCGUUUUCAGGAUGACUUGAGUGCUUUGCGUCGUGACCUUGACAGAGAGCGGAUAGAACGUGAAAAAGCAUAUAGCCAGCUGGACAAGAUCGUGUCCGAGUUAUUGAAGAAUGGGGAGCAACAUGAUCCAAGAUUUCCGACCGCGCAGAAGCAAUCAACCACGGGGCGGAAUUCGAAUGGAAGUGCACAACCAUCAAACGGUCCUCUGCCACGCAACCGCAUCAACUCAUGGAACGAGGCUGAUUCGAGGAACAAUGGGCAUGAUAACCGAUACCGUAGACAGUCGCAGCCAGCCCAACGUCAUUUGGGGCCAGAUCACAACGCGCGCUCGAACGGCGGGGUCGGUCGUAAGUAUCCGGACCGCGGACCCCCUCAGAAGACCAAAUCGCCGGAAGUCGAGCGGCGCAAAGAAGUUGAGGAAGUUAAUCCCAAUGCGAGUGCCAUUAUUCCUGUGGAUGAGGAGCUGCUGAAGCAGAUGGAAGAGCAGAAGAAACUGGAGGCCAAGAUGAAGAUCGAAGUUCCUCCGGAGGCUUUGGCCGAGGUCACGAAACAUAUUGACAUUGUGGAGGACUACCCCGUCGAUACAUCAGACAAGAUGCCGACGCUGGAACCCGUCCCGGAGAGGAAGAAAUCGGAGAACAAAUGGGGUAGCCAGCCCAAACACACGGCCCAUCUCCCAAGGAUGCCGUCCACACAGUCCAUGCCGAUGCCGAUGAUGAUGCCCACAUCCCACGGCUUCCCGCACCCCAUGGGUGGCAUGGGAUUUGACCACAUGCCCAUCCACAUGCGGUUCCAGCCAAUGCCGCCACGGAUGGAAAACGCGCAGGAAAUGAUGGCCCGCCAAAGCUCUAUGCACCCGUUCCAUCCACCGCCCCAUCCCAAUGGAGGGUUCAUGCGGCAAUCCUCGUUGCACUCGGAGAUGGGCCGCGAGCCGGUCAAUCAUGAGAUUGCGAAGGAAGUCAUUCUGGCCAAGGCGGUCGCUGGCUUGUACUCAGCCGACCCCAGUGCUCCGGGUGAACCAGUGUGUGAAUGUGAGCGCGGUACGAUUGCAAUCAAAGGUUUCCCAGGCAAACCAGACAGCGUUCGAAUGGUCAUGUACGACGACGCUAGCGACAAGAAGGUUCUGAACCUUCUCGUAUCCGGCUUCCUCGACAUGAGGCUGGAGGGCAAAGAAGUCUGCUUCCGCAUUAGCGACCCGCCUGAACACAUCCCCAUUGACUACAUAAUCAAGCUGGAAUCCCCCGACCUGACAUACAAGUUCUGGAACGCCCUCAUGCGAUCCCGCGCCUCGCCGGAAGCCAUUCACGCAGCAGUCGACGACUUCCUCAGAAGCUACUCCAACGAGAAUAUGUGAAGGUAGCAGAGCGCUCUAUCCCGCGCCGCGUAGAAGACGCUCCCCACAGAUACCUACUAUGCGUGCGCUGCGCUAUCGACUCCUCACAGCACUACCUGGACCUCUAACUCGGAUCUCUGACGUGAACACUUGACGCUUUAGCUUAGCCUUAUGCUGACACUCACAUUGGCUCCCCUGUUAUUCCCCCCUGACGCAUACCAUUCCACUUUCCCUUCCCUUUUUGGACUACCUAUUUUACACAGCAUUUAGUAGUUGUUGUUUUCCGAGAGUUGGCUGAUCACUGUCUUUCGGCGGAUCCGAAACCCUUUCCCCUCUUCCCUUUUCGGAAGUUCAUUAAACCCUUCCCUCCCAGGUGUAUUACCUGUGUGUGGCUAAUCAUUGGUGUAUGAAGAAGGCAGUUUGCCCCCUCUUAUGGACAUUUAAUGAAACACUUUUUGGGUGACUAUGGACUGA